CCCCAGUCAUCAUGGGCGGGCCGCUUUUACACAGAAAAAAAACAACCCCGCUCAAGUCAGCAAACAUGUAUGAGUGGCUGUAAUGCAAAGAGGGAUACAAGUCGCAUCAACACAGUCUGUAUGUAACGGCGAGUUGUCAAGAUACCACCAAUCACAACGGAAAAAGCAUUUGCUGGCGGGAGUUUACCGCUGAGGCGUCGGAUGGACGAUGAGGAGGAGGACAUGUCACGGCCCAUCUCGCAGCUCUGGGGAACGCCCUUUAGGAACAUCAAAUACGAAGACCGCACCACACAUAUUGCGGCUGGACAGGCCCUCGCUGCCGUGCCCACGUUGCAGAGCCACAACAACAACAGCAUCGGUAUUAACACGCUGCCCUGCAGCUUGCACUGGCAGCCUCGCAUACCCUUUCACGGCAACGCUGGAUUACGCUCACAUUUCCCCGCUCAGUUUGAGCCCAUGGAGGACCGGGGAGAGAGACAGAUUGAAGAGGAGGAGGAAGAGGGCAGAGUGGAGGAAGAUGACAGGAUGGCAGAGAGGCCAGAGGAGCAGGCAGGGGUGAGCGUCGAGGCGCAAAUUGGUCGUAAACUUCGAGAGAUUGGAGACAAGUUCCAACGGGAUCACGUUGAACUGUUUGUAAGACAUCAGAGACAAAACCUGCCUGCCUGGAUGCGCCUUACGAUGGCCCUGUUUGGCUUUCUGUUUCCAAGAGAGGCUCUCUUCCCCCGCCCGAGAGGAGGUCAGAAUUGAAGGGGCUUCCUGUUGGCCCUCGCCUCAGCCCUUGUUUCCCCCAACAGGGACAAGACUUUUAAGAAAUGGCACUGUAAGAUGGAACACGGGUUUGGAUUUUGUUUUCUAAUUGAAUAUGAAGAUGAGAUGAGGAAAACACUGGUCACCGCUGGACGGAGGCCCAUUACAAUUUUUCUUAAUUUUUUUUAUUUUUUGUUUUUUUGCCUCUCCAAGAAGAAGCCAUUGCGUUUGAAGAGAUAUUUUCGAAAUAUUUGUAAGAUUACCUAUUUUGUACAGUAAACUACUCUUUUUAUUUGGUAUAAGUCUUGAAGGACCUCCAUCAGUCCAGGGAAUGCCUUAUUCUCUCCUGCCACAGUGCACCUCUUUUGCAUCAAGGAAAUCAUUAAAAAAAAGAAUAAUUUUAAGAUUAGGCCACUUGUUUGGGCGACAAACUGUGGACGUGGACAUUUUGUGCUGAAGUUACUAAACCUUGAGGACUCUGGGCACAUUUCUAAUUUAUUAUGAGUUAAACAAUAAGCCCUGUACUUAUCCUUUACUGUUCCACACUGGCUAAUUUGAAAAUGGUUGUGAUGACGUUAUGGUGGUGCUACACACUGGUGUUGCACUGUCGGUCAGUUUAGAUGUUUAACCAGCUUCCACUGUAGAUGCAGGGACAUUAUAUCAACCUGUGUCACCCAUCAGCCUCUCCAUUUCCAGUAUCACUCAUGCCGUUAUAAGACCCACUGUGUAGAGUUCGAUCCUGUAGAUUUAAAGGAUAAACACAUGUAUACUUGAAUGUAGGUGUACCGAAGAUAUUUUAGCCGAGUAACUUCAAAACCUGACACAAUCGUGAUUACUCUUUGAAUUUGUGAUCAUGUGUAUGUAGGAGUGCGUGCUUACUGUUUCCAAAAUCUGCAGCCAUUUUGAAACCAAAUAAGCACAAGCCAAUCUCCUGUGUGGGAUAACAAUCAGGGAACUGGAGAACAAUCACACAGCUGAAAAUGUUUUGGAAAAAUGUCAUAAUUUUCUAAAGCUUUUUAGUAUUUCUUUCUCCGGCUGGAAUGACAAUCGCAAUUUUGCCCAUUGCUGCAACGUGCGGGUUGUCUGUUGGAGAGAUGACAUUUAUCGGCAUUUUUAAGGGCAAGCAAUAUUCAAGCCAGUGGAAUGAAGUAAAAUCUUAGGGAUCUGUUGCAUUUGCAAUCAAACUGAUGGUCCCCGAAAUAUGGCCGUGUUCUCAAUUGAAACUCUACAAAUAUCUUUGUUAGAGGAACAUUUUGGUUUAAUGCUACAGAGAUGCAUUUUUAUUUUGUUUCACUCCAGGUGUAAAUGUCUUGAGCACUGAUCCAAUCUCAAUGUGCUGAUACACAUAUGUAUCAACCUUUCAUUCAAGUGCUUUCUUUCACCAAACUGCCAGUGGUAUAUUCAGCUUCACUGAGAAGUUAGUAAGAACAGCUUCUGUACAUUUAAAGAAAACAUUUCUUCUAACACACAGACACAUUUGGGUAUAGGAGGUUUAUACACCCUUUCGUGACAACUGCUAUGUUAGCAUUUUGCGACGACACAGCCACUGUUUCUCAAUGUAAG